GUAGAUUGACACUAUGCCCUUUCUGUGGAAUACCAUAUUAAUUAUCGGAUUUUCUAGCAGCGCCUGAAAGCGUAACUUUGUAAAAUACCAGUAUUGUCAAUCCAGAUUUGUAAACGUCUCAUAACAUUACUAGUAUGGAAUUACUUUGGAAUAUCGCGGUGUUUUGUGCUCUUUCAGUUGUGUACGCUUUGGGCAUGAAAUCAAAUCUGACAGAGCUGCUUGUAACCGAUACGGACGAUAUAGAGGAGGUCCUCAACAAGGAUACAAAAUGUCAUCUAAGACAGACAAUGGCUUGGGCCGAAUGUGGUCGGCGUGUCAACUGCCCGUCAUCAUGCCAAGGACUAGAAGAUUGCACUUUCCCUUACUGUACAUCAAAGGGAACAUGCGCAUGUAUGAAUGCGUUUUGCCGUAACGACAAGAUGUGUUACUUCUUCAGAAUCGCCUGUGCUACCAACUUUACUUGUAGAGAAGGGAAAUGUUAUUGCGAAAAUGUGAAAAGUAAAUCAUAUACAUGAAAAGAUUUAGUUGCAAAUGAGUCGAUUAUAUAUGUGAAUAUCAAAAUAAUCAAUGCAAAAAUUGUGAAACCUCAUGUUCCCAGUUCUUUGGAAUUGAAUUUGUACAAACAAAGAGAACAGAGCAUGUGCUAUUAACCAAUGGAAUUAUUUUCAUAGUUUUUUUGUGUGUGAAGAGAGUAUUAACUAAAUAUUAAUACAGCUGGGAAAAAAAUUAUCUCAGCUAACUGUUAACUAAAGCUCCAACGUUCUGCUUAAAUGGUUCCUCGUAAUUACUUUGCAACCGUAGUGGAAUUAGAGAAUCUAUUAAAUUAAGUUUUGUUAAAGAAUACCCAAGAGAAAACCUGCAGUAAUUUUGUUUUGUUUUAAUUCCAUGCCUUCAAGCACAACAGUUAUGUGUAGCACGGUGAUGUAUCAGACACGACAGACUCAAGACAUUUGUUAUAAAAUUCUAAGUGACACAGUUAACACAGAAAUUGUUUCUAUUUUGAUUGUUCUGUAGAAAUUUAUCAUGCUUUCUGCACAAUUAAGGUAAAGCUAAAAAACCAGAUUAACCAAUGGCAUCGGUAAUAAGACACAAAGAAACAUUUCACUCAAUGCGAUUUAUCAUUUGAAAAUGUCCAUAUUUAUGUAAUCUGUGGCAGUCUACGGAUGUAUAAUUUCCACCAUGAAAAGUACAGAACAAUAUUUUAGAAGCAUAUAGUGAAAGAAUUAUGAACAGAGCAGAACAAUUAUGUGUGGGCGGUCGGAAGAUCAAUCAUAUUGAGAGUCCAUACCGGUGUUUAGGUUAUACAAAAAUAUUACCUGUCAUGGACAGAGCUUGUUUUUGUUUGGUUGCUGUCAAUGCUACAAAAUGACCUUUAUACUCUAUUAUUUUUUUCGGGCGAUGGCAAAGAAAACGCUCUAGAUAAAGCUUUAGCUCCCAUUCAAUACAUUAUAUACAAAAAAAAGCAACUCAUUUAUAUCCUACUUAGAUAUAAAACUCCUAAAUUUUUAUGUUUAAGCAUCACCGAUCCAAAGCACAUUUGUAAUGUUCGCCUUAUUACUAACGACGUCUGCAUGUUCGUUUUAUAUUAGCAUGGUUUCUUUCCUUCAUCACAUUCUUCCAUGGAGCGCCUGAAAGAUUAGCUACCAUAAAUGCACUGCUCUGACAUUCCAUUGGCGUAAUAGUCCCUUGAAUACUUUUUAUUAGCAAUUUGCUGUGUGCCAUUUAAACUAAUAUGUCUUUGAAUUUUUUACUCUGAAAUACUUACAUGUUCUCUUUUACUACCUUUCUAGCCUUUAUUAUAUAAGUAAGACAGGAACAUAAGAAACGGUUUAGCGUUUCUAUCACGUCAAUGACGCCAGCAGGCAGCUCUGCAUGUUUCUGUUUUAUGAUCGAUGCGUACACGGAAACAAUUUUGACUUCCUAAUUAGAGUUGGAUUCAGCAGUGUGUCAUCGAUCUUGUCGACGUACCUGGUGCUGAAGUAACUGUGUUUGGUUUUGAUUUGUUUUAUAUAGGUUUUAUAUUCACAAUGUCUUGCAAUACAAGGAAUAAAUAAAUACUACAAGAA